AUUACAUACCAAGUAGUAGUCAAACCGCACUGGCAUUACCAAGAUAGGCCCCGUGACUACGGCCUACUACAGAUUGCGUGUGUAGGAAGGCUUUCGCCUUUCGACUUAAAAGCUCCUUAAUUACCAAUCCAGAUCAUCGCAUCACCUAAUAUAUAUACAUACACACAUACGCACACACACACAUAUAUAUAUAUAUAGUCCAAGGACCCUAUUCUUAACGUCUCAAGACCAUGACAUCAUCAUUUGUGCUCUCAGAAUUUCACACCAUCUUGGUUUCAGCGCUGGAGGUCGCUUCCUCUGCGGUGUACGUGCUUGCGCUCGGUGUGUCGCCGCUGGUUCUCUUCUAUGUCGUAGGAGCAAUUUACAGCGCCUAUUUUCAUCCUUUGUCAAAAUAUCCGGGUCCCAAAAUCGCCGCCGCAAGCUUCCUCCCGCUUUGGUAUCGCCGCUAUACUGGAGACUACAAUCAAUGGAUUACCUCCCUGCACAACCGCUACGGCAGCAUCGUGCGUUUCUCCCCUGAUGGGCUCUCAUUCAUAUCCGCUCCUGCAUGGAAAGACAUCUACGGACAUAGCACCGGGGGUAAGAUAUCCAAUCUGGUAGACCCGCGUAUGUAUGGAUCGUACGAGAAUGGUGAAGACGACAUAACGUCGAUUCGGGAUAAUGCGAGACACGGACAAGUGCGCAAGCUCUUUUCCCACGCCUUUUCACCUAAGGCAAUCAAGUUACAGGCGCCAUUGAUUCAAAAGUACGUCGAAAAACUAAUCCACCGGCUCCGGAUGACGGCAGAAAGCAGCCUAACGGGCGAAGUCAAUAUUUGCAAUAUGUUUACCCGUACAACCUUUGAUAUUAUGGGCGAUCUGGCGUUCGGCGAGUCUCUUGGUCUACUGGAGAACAACAACUAUGCACCUUGGAUAGAUGCGAUGUUUGGUGCAGUCAAAGCCGAAACAAUCCUCGACAUCGUGGCCGCAUAUCCCAGUCUUAGGAACUUACUAGGCUAUUUCACACCAAAAUGCUGGACUGCACAGGAGGAAGAGCAUUACGCCUUCUCCUCCGAACUGAUCAAGAAGCGUUAUGAGAGAGGAAGAGACCAGCCGGACAUCUGGAACUUUGUUCUUACCAAAGGAAAGGACGUGCUGAGUCUAAACGAGAUGCAUAACAAUGCGAGCGCUUUUAUGAUUGGAGGAACCGAGACCACAGCGACUCUCCUGAGUGGAUUGACAUAUCUACUUCUCACACACCCGGACAAACUGGCGAAAGUAGUGACCGAGGUCCGUGAGCUGGAUGACGAGAAGAAGUUGGAUUUUGCCAUUCUGUCAAGUCUUCCGUAUCUCAAUGCCUGCUUCGAAGAAGCAUUACGUGUUUAUCCUCCCGCAUCAGAAGGAUUUCCUAGAGUGAUACCACAAGGGGGAAACACAGUUGCGGGAGAGUAUCUACCU